GGGUCGCUGUUGGGCAGUUAAAUACACACGGCUGUGAUGCAAUGGCCACCAUGACAGUGCGUCAUAGGUAGUCAGAGAAUUAACAGUGGACUGCAAAAUACCGAUCCUUGUCUUCAUUUACAACGUCAGGUAACUUGGGAUACAGCUUUCCAUUCAACAUGAACUAUAUAUAGCCUAGUUUAAAUACAUUUUGAGAUAGCUAUAUUGCACAAAAGAGGGCAUAAAGAAACGGCAAUGGAUACGAACAUUAACGCUAGAAAAUGGCAGAGGUACGUCUCGGUUUUUCUUCUUUGCAUUGUCCUUCUUAACACAGUGUCUGCAGUUACGCACUAUUCUAUUCCAGAGGAAAAGGAGGAAGGAUCUGUUGUUGCAAACCUAGCAUCUGAUUUGGGUCUGGACGUUAAAACAUUGAAUAGAAGGCAAAUGCGACUGGAUGUUGUUGCCCCUAUAAAGUACCUGGAGGUUAACAAAGAAACGGGUGAACUGUACAUUUUACGGAAGAUGGAUAGAGAGCAUCUUUGCAGUUCUUCCAAAACGAAUUGUUUUUUGAAACUGGACGUUACAAUUGAAAAUCCCUUACGAAUGUUUAAUAUCGAACUGGAAAUAAUGGACAUAAACGACAACGCACCUUAUUUUAGAAGAGAUGAAAUGCAUUUGGACAUAUCGGAGUCCUCUCAAGUAGGAGAACGGUUCUCGCUGAACAAUGCAGUAGAUCCGGAUGUCGGCAGUAAUUCAGUUAAAACAUACCAUCUGAGCGAAAGUGAUCGCUUUAGUUUAGAAAUUCAGACAGGGAGAGACGGGACAAAAUUUGCUGAUUUGAUUUUGAAGAAGGCUUUAGAUCGUGAGGAGCAGGGUGUUCAUAAUCUAAUUCUCACCGCAGUAGAUGGCGGAGUCCCGACGCGCUCCGGUACAGCCAACAUCUUUGUUCGUGUACUAGAUACGAAUGACAACGCCCCUCAGUUUGAUAAGGAAACAUAUAACAUUAACGUGAUGGAAAACUCCCCUAUUGGAAGUGUUGUUGUUAAACUGAAUGCCACUGACUUAGACGAAGGAUCCAAUUCAGACAUUGUUUACUCUUACAGUUUGUAUACCUCUGAGAAAACACAGAACACAUUCAGUUUAAACCCCAAUACUGGGGAAAUAACGGUGCAGGAAAUGAUUAAUUUUGAAGACUUUAAGAUUUAUGACAUGGAAGUCAUAGCAACGGACAAAGGCGCCAAUCCUUUAUCAGGUCACUGUAAGCUAACAAUUCUAGUCACAGAUAUGAAUGAUAAUCAUCCUGAAAUAUCCAUUAAAUCAUUCAACAGUCCAAUCAAGGAGAAUGUAGCAGUUGAUACAGUGAUAGCAGUGGUAAGUGUCGGUGAUAAAGAUUCUGGUGAAAAUGGAGUAGUUGAUAUAAAAAUUCAGAAGAAUUUACCAUUUGCGCUUAGAGAAUCUUCUGAUAACUAUUAUGAAUUGGUGGUUUCAGAGCCUUUAGACAGAGAGAAAGUGACAGAAUAUGACAUCACAUUCACCGUUACAGACAGGGGAUCCCCUCCGUUAUCUGAUAAUGAAACAAUGACUUUAGAACUACUGGACGUUAACGACAAUGUCCCACAGUUCCCUCAGUCGUUCUACACUAUACCCGUUACUGAGAAUAACGCCCCUGGAGCCUUGUUAUGUUCCCUCACUGCGUAUGAUCCUGACCUCCAUGAAAACCAGUAUCUAGUUUAUUUCAUCAUAGAAAAGGAGAUAGUGAACACCUCCAUGUCCAUGCUGUUCUCCAUCAAUCCGGAGAACGGUAAUCUUUACGCACUAAAGACAUUUGACUAUGAAAUAGAGAAGGAGUUUCUUUUCCACAUUGAGGCCAGAGACUCUGGUGUCCCUCCACUCAGCAGUAACGUGACUGUGCACAUUGUUAUUGUGGACCAGAACGACAACACACCAGUCAUCGUCUCUCCGUGGCGUGCGCACGGGUCCGUGGUGGAGGAAAAGAUCCCCAGAUCCACCGAUAAAGGAUCCCUUGUUUCCAAAGUGAUAGCAAUAGACACGGACUCGGUACAAAACUCUCGAAUAACAUACCAGUUUCUCAAGGUGACUGACGCCACGUUAUUCAGUCUGGACCAAUACAACGGAGAGAUCAGGACUAUGAGAAUGUUCAGUUACAGAGAUCCGCGUCACCAACGGCUGGUUGUCAUCGCCAAGGACAACGGAGAGCCUGCACUCUCUGCUACAGUCACCAUCAAGCUCUCCACGGUGGAGACUGCUGUUAAAGCCUACUCUGACAUGACUGAAGUGCCUCUAGAAUAUGACAUCUUCUCAGACCUCAACCUGUACCUGGUGAUCGGACUGGGCUCGGUGUCGUUUCUGUUACUGAUCACCAUAUUGGUCACCUGCGUGCUGAAGUGUCAGAAACCGAAGCCCAGCAAAGCGGCUCCUCCCUGCAGGAACAGCGUGAUCAGCGAGAGGAACUCCACCAUCGCGGAUUCCACCCUGGUCUCCAACGAUGCGUACUGGUACAGUCUGUUUCUAGCGGAGACGAGGAAGGGAAAGCUGGUAGUCAGACAGCCUGUGUCAAAGGGAUCCAGAUAUAUCGUGUCCAGUAUUCCAAGAAGCACGGGACUGACAGAGACCAGCGACUCAGCUGCUUCUACUCUGCAGGUGAGAAAACUGAUUACCCAAUCUAUUGGUACUUAAUUAACGGUAUCCCAU